CCGCUUUACCCUGAAUGCUCCUCUGUGCGUCACAGUCGUCUGUGCCUCUGCUGUGGCCUCAUCUACUGGCAGCUGUUGAGAUGCUUGGGCCAAGUCCAGCUUGCCAAAAAUUUUCGACCCAGCCAGGGUGGCAAGGACAUGGCUGACCACUGGCACUGGGUAUGCAUGGGCCGUGAGGGCCUUGUUUAUGGUACAUUUGUAAUCUGCGCAGAUGCGGACCGAACCAUUAGGCUUGACGGGUGUGACGAUUGGGGUUUCCCAAGCGGCAUUAGGCACCGGCUCCAGCACUCCUUGCUCCACGAGCUGGUCCAAUUCCUCAUCUAUACGGGGUUUCAGGGCGAACCGGACCCGGCGGGCCUUGAGCCUGACCGGUCGUACUGCAGGGUCAAGCUGUAGAGCAAUGGGGGGCCCCGUAUACUGUCCCAAUUUCCCAUCGAAAAGCCCCGGAAAUUCCUUGCAUAUGGCGUCCAUGUCCACUUGUAAGCUAGUGUGGUUCACCCCGGUGACGGCUAGCCCCAGUGGUCCAAACCAUGCCAAUCCCAGUAAGCUAAUGUAGGGGCCCUUGACUACAAGCAAGUCCAGUUGCCGCGUCCGCCCUCGGUAUUGCACCCUGAAGGUCCCCACCCCCAUUGUGGGGACCUUACAUUUCUGGAAGUCCCGGAGGGUGAAUGGGGCCGGCCUGAGUUUGGGACCCCCAGUAGGACACAGUUUCCUUAAGGUCCUUGCCAAGAUUAUGGAUAGAGUUGAACCCGUGUCAAGCUCCAUGCGGCAUGGGCCCCCCUCUAUCUGUACCUCUACAUAAAUUUUCUCUAUGUUGGGGUGGGGCAACUGGUAUACCUGGAAGUCCGUGAGCUCCGUCGAGUUGCCUUGGUGUGUUGGGCCCCGGGACCUGGGGCUCUUGGAUUGGUCAUCUGAUGCCUGGCAUCGGGUGGACCGAGCUCGACACACCCGGGCGAUGUGUCCCGAUUUUCUGCACUGCCUGCACUCUGCGUUGCGGAAACGGCAGGUCCUCCUCUCAUAACUUUCCCCGCAGCUUGCGCAGUUCCCUCCUUCUUGUUGAAGCAGCUGUGGUAUGUGGGCUGCUUGAGUGCGCUGCUGUACUCGGUGCACCUCCUCCCUGUCGGAUCCUGAGUCGUCGGUGAGGUCUUCAUGGUGGACCCUCGGUUGGGACGGCAGGCUUGGCCGUGCCUCUUGCGUCGACCUCUUGGCAGCUUCCGUUGCCAGGGCCUCCUCCAGAGCAACCUGGAACGUUAGGUCCUUCUUAGCGUAGAGGCGUCGUUGCAGCUUCUGAUCCUUCAGGCCACCAGCGAGACGGUCACGAAGCAUGUUCUCCAGCUCUGAGAAGUUGCAGGAUCAGGCGGCUUGGUGGAGAGAGGUCACAAACCCAGUUAUGGUUUCCCCAGGGGCUUGCCGCGUUGCGUAGAAGGCAUUUCGACGAGCCACCACUGAGGGCUGCAGCGAAAAGUGCCCCUUCAGCUGUUCCAUUAUUGUUUUGUAUGGAACAGUAGCGACGUCUUCAGGCGCAAGGAGAGCCCGGGCGAUUUCAAAUGUCUCCUCUCCGCAGACGCUGAAGAAUAUCGCCCUCUUCUUGGCGUCUUCUUCGUCGGUGACCCCUUUGGCUUCUAGGAGGAAGGUGAAACGGGAGGCGUACGCUUCCCAGUCUCCAGAUGCUGGGUUGAACGGCGAGAAGCUGCUGUCGGUUGCCAUUCUGAGUUCCUUGUGUCCCGGAGCUGAAGCCUGGAUACACGGUGCGAGGCAGCGGUGCGGCAGGUGGCAGUGCUGCGGUGCUGUGUGUGGCAGUCAGCUCAGCGGGAUCCCAUCCUCGUCGCCAGUGAAAUAUACUCAGAGUCGCAAAGUGAUUUCAUGCUCUUUAUUCAGCUCAUAGUGAUGAGGAGGAAUGAAUGAAAGUCCCCUCAAAGUAUCUGCUUUAUAUACAUUAUUUACACAAUGGGCUGCACGUGAUUGGCUAAUUCCAGAAUUCUACUAUAAGCCAAUCAGGUUGUGGAUUCACUUCUAUCUGGAGCAUGAUUGGGUGGUUCCUGCCAACCAAUCAUACUGUUGCAUUGUUCUAGGACCAAUCAGACUGCUGCAUUCUGAAUCCUAUUGUUCUAGGACCAACCAGACUGCUGCAGUUUGGAUUCUAUUCAACUCAGUACAUAACACUUCUCCUUAAUUAAACCUUUGAUCCACCCACUGCUGUUUACACCGAGGGGCAAAUGCUCUCCUGGAGAUGGCAGGAAUUAAACUUUCACAUGCGAAGCAUGUGCACAGUCCUCCUUAUGAACAUUAUAAAACAAGCCAGCUUCAGUAGCUAUGGUUUCAAGUCGACUUGUUUGAAGGUAAUCAUAGUCAGGGAUUUUUCAUCCAGAACUCACCAGAACUCAUUUCUGGCACUUCUUUUUCUAGAAAAAUAUCGCUGAUCAUAGUUAAUGUUAACUGUAGUCUAUACAUCAUCAUUAUCAGCCAUCGUAGUAGCAGCGUUUUUCUUUCAUAGUUCACUCUGAAAGAAAAAAGGCCUCCCAGAGCAGUUUGCAUCUAUCAGUGAUGAGGCAGUCCCUGCCCUCAGGCUCAUAAUCGAAGAUACAUAGCACACAAGGAAAGGUGGGGAGGAGGGGAAUAGCAAGUACAGAAAACGAGUUCAGGCACUAGUUCGUAGUAACAGAUGUCUUGUCGCAACCAGCUGGAAUGGAGAGAUUUGAAGAGGAGGAGCCAAACAUUGCUGACUGGUUGAAGGGUAGGCUCUGCUGUUCCAUCUCUUCCUCUCCUGUAGCCUGAUGGAAUGAGUGCCAUUGGCAGAUGACAACUGAGGGAAGGGUCUGAUGAAGAUGGUCUCUUAGCAGAGCUGAUGGAGGUGCCCUGCAGCCCUAAUCUGGAAAAAAAACUGUAGUUAAGCAAAAGCCCUUUUAUGUACAGGAACUGAUCUUUGAAACAGAAGUGUGAUUUCUACAUAGGCAGCUGCCCAAAUUUUCAGAGUGUGUCAAAUAGCUAGAACAGCGGUUCCCAUCUGGUGGUCCAUGGAUCCCAUUCACAUAACAAAAACUACAACAGGAAUAUCAAAAGUUUCAAAAGUAGGAAGUCCGCAGUAUUUAGCUAAUUGGGAACCACUGAUCUAGAGCAUCUUUGACAGAUGUUCAUUUGGCUUUUUUAUAUACUGUAUAUAAAAAUCUCCAAGGUAGAGGAUUCCACACAUUUCUCAGACAAAGCUGGACAUGAGCACAUCAGUCUGUACCCUGUUGAAAGAGCAACCCAGCGGUAACAGUAACCUCUGCUCCUCCAUAAUAACUCACAGAGCCAAUUGUAAUUUCUGGUUUUCUCCCUUGUUUGCAUUUCCUGGGUGAUUCCUACGCAAAGGUGUGUUACUGCCAGCUCCUCGGAACAUCACGAUCCUGUCCACUAAUAUGAAGCACUUUCUAGUAUGGAGCCCGGUGACGGUGCCUGGAGCAGCUGUAAAAUAUUCCGUCGAAUUUCAAGGGUAACUUUUCUUCACAUUGAGUCUAAACAUGGAGUAAAUAUCACUGCUGACCUUUCUUUUUUCUUUUUAGGCAAGUAUGUAAAGGACAAGACAGAAGAGUCUUAAAUUAUGCAUGGUGUGAGGAAAUGGAUAAUUAGAACACGGGGUUGAGAUCAUCCAAUUAAGCUGAAGGGAAUUUAUUCACACCAUUCAGUAUUAAACUAUGGUGUCCAAAAUAUAUAGUUGAUGUUUUUAAAAGGGUAAUAAUAAUAAUAAUUUUUUAUUUAUGCCCCGCCCUUCCCAGUUCAAAAACCGGGCUCAGGGUGGCUAACAACAAAUUUAAAACACUUUAAAACACUUACCCUAAUUAUAAAAGCAGCAUAAAAUGGUAUAAAAACAUGAAUAACAAUAAAAAUCAAAAAUCAAUCAGAUAAUCCCCAUUAGGCAAAUUCUGUUGCUAGUCAUGAUGGCAGAAUGCCUCUGAAUAUCAGAUGCUGGAAGACAACAGUGGGAUAGCCCUAUUGCCCUCAUGCCCUUGUUGUGGGCUUCCUGUAGGCAUAAGGUUAGCCACUGUUAGGAGCAAGAACCUAGACUGGAUAGGCCUUUGGUCUGACCCAGCCGGGAUCUUAUGACCCAAGCCAAUGCAAGCUGUUGAGGGCCUAUCCUGCUCCUUUGGCUGAGCUCUUGCAAAAUUUCCUCACAGACUGGAGCAUGUAGUAGGACCUAGGCCCAACCCACACAUUCAGCCAAAUAAUGUGGUAAAUAUCCUGAGGUGGUCAAGUUAACACAGCCACGUCAUUCUUUUUCUCAAUAAGGAUCUAAACUGGUUUCUUUUGGGGGUGAGGGAAUGCAUCAAAAUGCAUUAUUUCAGAAGAAACAACAGGAUAGAUUUGGAUUGUGGCUGUUGUGGUGUGUACUCUGGUUUCUAAGUGGGAAUGUACUGAAUGCAGAGUAAAUGGGGUUGUGCACACAGCCUAUGGUUCCAGACUAUAAAUAAGAUGCCUUUGAAUGUUCCCAAGCGUUAAAAACAAAACAAAACUCCUGCAAGUGAGAAAAAAGUAGAACAUUGCGGAAAGAGGUUCUAGCCCAGCUUGCUCCCUCUUCCAGGUUUCUGCUUGCAAAGUAGCAUUCAAAAAUGUUAUUAUCCACUUCCAGUUUGGAGCAAUACAACCCUUUCUGUCCCCACAUAACCCUAAUGUGACAUUCUGAUGCAUGUCUUUGGGCCCAAGCCAUAGUUAUUAAGUGGCGUUGCAGUAAACUAGCCCAUGUGAGAAGGUUGGAAAGAAUUGUAUCUGCUACCAGACAUGUCUGCCCUUGUGGGACUAUUCACGUUGCAACACAUGUGUGUGAGGGUUCCUAACAAAUAUUCUUUAAAAAGUGCACAGAAUAUUUGCUUCGGGGUGGGGCGGGUCACCCUCAAGUGUACAGUGCGUAAUUUGUACUGUGCUUUGAUCUCUGUCUUCUAUAACUCAACUGAGUAACACACUUUGCAUACAGAAGGCUCCAGGUUCAAUCAUUUCCAGGUUUCUUCCUGGAGCGCCGCCGCCAAUAAGCAUCAACAUUAUUGAGUGAAGUAGGUCAGUGGCCCAAUCGACUUCUUCAGUUGGCGGAAUUGGCAAUACUACAGUGCCACAUAAUACCUGUUCUUCAUUUGUAAUAACUCAAUUGUUUAAUGUGGCAGCACCUACAAAACUCUCUGCCUAUUGAUAUCAAGCAGAUGCCUUCACUGUACUAUUUUUGGCACCUGCUAAAAACAUUCAUGUUUAGACAGGCCUACCCAGAUGCUUAGAAGGUUGAGGUAAUUUUAAUAUCUGUUUUAGUAGGUUAACUUCACUGUUUCAUCUUUUGUAAACCGCUUUGAGGUUUUCUUUACAAUCAAGCGGUGUACAAAAUUUAUGUAAUAAAUGAGUAAGAACCACUGCCUUCAGCAAAGCGUGUUGCAAUCUUUCCCCUAAUUUUUCUUCUUCUUCCCCUCAGAGAAUAUGAGAGAGACUAUGCCAACGACAGCUGGAUUCCCAUUGGAGAGUGUACAGGCAUUAGUGUUACUCAGUGUGACAUCACAGAAGACAUUUCUGCCACUGUGCCGUACGAUCUACGUGUCAGGGCAGGUGUGGGGACCCAGGCUUCGCACUGGGCCACUCUCAGCAGCUUCUUCAAUCGUGUCACAAGUAAGUGCAUUCACGUGCUCCUCUGUGAUGCACAUCUCACGCUGGGAUCCUUAGGAUAAUGAUCCCAUUGGGGGACCUUGUUCCUACUGAGGUCAGUCCUGGGUGUCAGCAAACUGGCACCAUUGAGCAGCUUAGCCAGGACCCAAGCAGCUUCUCCUGGAAAAGAGGAGAUUGGAUAGCUAUCUUCAAAUAUCUCAAGGACUGUCACGUGGAAGAGGAAACAAGCUUGUUUUCUCCUGCUCUGGAGGGUAGGACUCAAACCAAUGGCUUCAAGUUACAAAAAGGAGAUUCCGACUAAACAUCAGGAAAAGCUUUAUGACAUUAAGAGCUGUUUAACAGUGGAAUGGUUUCCCUCAGAAGGUGGUGGACUCUCCUUCCUUGGAGGUUUUCAAGCAGAGGUUGGAUGGCCAUCUGUCUUGGAUGCUUUAGCUGAGAUUCCUGCAUUGCAUGGGGUGGACUAGAUGAGGCUUGGCUUCCCUUCCAACUCUACAAUUCUUUGAUUCUAUAAACCUGCCAGGACCCCACUGAAGCAGACUCAUGCCCUGCCCUCUCCUUCUUCAAAGCUGAGGAAGGCAGCUUUGAGUUGCAGCUUUAAAUUUCUCACAAUGCACUGGAGCACUCGAUGUACAUAUAUCAUCACUCCAGGGCACGUUGUGAAAUCUGAAUGUCAGCUCAAGUCUGCCUGCCACUCUCGGCAGGUAAGCUCUUGACUGAGUUGGUAAACCAACAGCAUUUUGCUGUGGGACACUCCUCCCCACAAACUUGGUCCUGAUUAAGGUGAUAAAACUGUGUGUGUGAAACAAUUGAACGUACACAGGUUGGGGCCUACAUAGGGUGCCAACUUAGUUAAAAUAUUGGGGGAGGGGAGAGAUAAGGGUUUUCCCGCAUAAUCAAUCAUAUGAUGCUAUGCACGCACACCAUUUGACUGGCAAUGCCCAUCAACUUUAGGACACCCCCCCGACCCCCUCAAAUAUUUUAUCGUGGUAGGCUGAACAGACCUCGGCCCCUAGGAUUUGGCUGCUGUGGGCCUACGUAAUGGUGGGCUGCCUCACCAUUGGAUCUAAUGACUUGGGGAUUUUCCUGUGCCUUUGGUAGUUAGGAGAAUCACAGCAAGUGCAGUUCUCCCCAGUUCUCUGCUUUAAUUUGAUGGAAUUUACCACGGUUGAGGCGGAAAAUCUGUUUUGAAUCCCAUGGCUCAGCCUUCCACAAAUGUGAGGUCGUAAUAAAAACAGGUUUGGAGCAAGUGAGUUUCCGCCAGCACAUUUAACCUAAUAAACACACAUCUGUCCAUGGAGGCGCAGGUCAAUUCUGUAUCCAGGGCAGCUGUCUACCAGCUCCACCUGGUACACAGGCUGAGACCCUACCUGCCUGCGGACUGUCUCGCCAGAGUGGUGCAUGCUCUAGUUAUCUCCCGCUUGGACUACUGCAAUGCACUCUACGUGGGGCUACCUUUGAAGGUGACCCAGAAACUACAACUAACGCCCUCCCAUCAGAUGUCAAAGUGAUAAACAACUACCUGACAUUCAGAAGACAUCUUAAGGCAGCCCUGUUCAGGGAAGUUUUUAAUGUAUGACAUAUUAGUGUAUUUUUGGUCUUUGUGGAAGCCACCCAGAGUGGCUGGGGAAACCCAGCCAGAUGGGCGGGGUACAAAUAAUAAAUUAUUAUUAUUAUUAUUAUUAUUAUUAUUAUUAUUUAGAAGUAUGGAUUCCAGCUCAGAAAAUGUGACUUCCAGACAAAGUUGUUUCCAAAAUUUGACAGUUGAUGCAGCAUUUUUCAACUCUUACUUUUAGUUUUUUGCCCUAGCUGGAAAGGAAGCCAGAGCUCCCUUUUCUUUAUCAGUUGAUGUGUAGGAGUGAAAUUCAAGAGUACAAGCUGGUCAGAUGCUUCUGAUACUAUCUGCCUGAAUUACCAUUCUCUAUGCAAUUCAUAAAGGCACGCUGUAUUUUGGAUGGUAUAGUCUCCCUUCGAAUCUAGACAGAACUGGUUUGUACUUCCUUCUUCUGUAGCUAUUGCUGGUACUAUUACUGUAGAUGACGCCUGCAGGCAAAACUGAUAACUCAGCAGCCCAAGAAACAUUUCAAGUCUAUGCAAGAUUGCUAAAUGCCUGUCCCUGAUGGUGGAAUCCAGUUUCCACUCCCAACUUAGCCCUGAGGGGUUUCUACUAGAAAAACAAGAAGGAAUCGGAGAAAACAGAUGACAGAUUCAAGAUGGUACCUAAAGAUUUGUGCAUCAGCAUGAGAGCACCUCACAAACUCAGUACAUCAGCACUGAACAUAAAGCUGUAAGCUUCUGCUCAAGUGGAUCACUUUGGGCAAUACUAUACGUUCCAUAGGCUGGGACCACAAACGAGAUAACCACACUGAAUUCAAAUUUUGCACAGAAUGCACUGUAAGGACUAAAGCAGAUGAAAUGUUUGAGAUCCAUGAAUGGAUCUUCUCUUCUCUGUCUCUCUCUCUUUUAAUCAGAUCAACUGAGGUAGGGUAAGAUUGAUUAGGACCACAGCAUUGGGGUAGGGAGGGGAGAUACUUAAUGGUAAAGGUAAAGGUAAAGGUACCCCUGCCCGUACGGGCCAGUCUUGACAGACUCUAGGGUUGUGCGCUCAUCUCACUCUAUAGGCUGGGAGCCAGCGCUGUCCGCAGACACUUCCGGGUCACGUGGCCAGCGUGACAAGCUGCAUCUGGCGAGCCAGCGCAGCACACGGAGCGCCGUUUACCUUCCCGCUGGUAAGCGGUCCCUAUUUAUCUACUUGCACCCGGGGGUGCUUUCGAACUGCUAGGUUGGCAGGCGCUGGGACCGAACGACGGGAGCGCACCCCACCGCGGGGAUUCGAACCGCUGACCAUGCGAUCGGCAAGUCCUAGGCGCUGAGGUUGCAAAUUAGGCUGGCGGCCUCCAAUAUGGUGUUCAUGGGCACCUGCCAAGGUCCCUCUCCGCCCUCCAUUAUUUAUUUAUUUAUAUUGCAGGGUGUUGUUAUUUAAACCAAAGUGAUGCUGUGCCUGGCUACAAAGCAUAUUGUAAGCAUCCAGAAACGCCAUCUUACCUCCUUUUCCUCAUAAAGCCUCUGUCCCAUCCCGUUCCCCCAGCACCACCAGCAGCUUUGCCUGCUUUUUUCUGUUUGUUUGGAGUGUGUAUAUUUGUCUUUUUUUCUUCCUUUGGUAUGGGAUGUUGCUCCUAUUUUGGAAGUUGCCUGUUUUUUCUCUUACUCACUGAUAUUUGUUUUGGGAUGUGUAUCGGUAUUUGGGCUGAGGGGCUUUUUGAGGGGUGGGGUUCCUGAGCAUUGACAGUUUUUGUUCUAUGAAAUGGGUAUUUUGUGAUUCUCACAACAGUUUCUUAGAUUUCCAAAUGUUCCCCCAGGCUUGGAAAAGGUUGGGGACCCCUGCUUUAGGUUGUUCCACAGCAUAUUGAUCCUUGUUUUUCCUGAGCUGGGAUGCGAGAUUCAUGUAUGGUCCCAUGAUGGAUAUGAUUCUGUCGUUUUCACAGCCUCCCUCAUUCCACCUAUGUUGACCGUCACAGCUGAUGGAUAUCAUUUGCUAGUGGAACUUGAGCGUCUAGGACCUGCCUUUGAAUUCUGGAUAUAUUACUGGAAGAAGGGCCAAGGGCACAAGGUAAGUUUUGGUCUUAUAUCUGGCCUGAGAAUGUAGGAACAAAAGAGAAGAAAGUUCUCAUGUAACUACAUAGACAAGAUCAAAUGCACCUGUGGCCUUCCAUAUGUUAUUGGACUUCCACCAGCCCUGGCCAGCAUAGGCCAUGAUCAGAGAAGUUGUAGACCAUCAAUGUCUGGAGGACCACAGGUUCCACAUCCCUGUAGAAGUUAGGUUAGGCUAUCCUGAAGCUCUGCCAAAAACUCUGAACGUUAUUAUGAUGGAGCAGUACAGAAAACAAUCCACAAGGAGACUUCACUUUGGUCCUUCCUAAUUCCAAUUUUUUCCUGCUAUAUACUGUUGCCUGAUGGUGUAUGCAAUGUCUUUGAUUCCUACUUGCUGCAAUGCAAACAUCCUAAGUGGAAACAGACUGUUUAAGGGAUGGCUUUCUCCCAAUAAGUCUGCCUGCCCACAACAGUAAACCGGAGGAUCUGUUUUAUAUUUAAUCACCAUAGGAGGUCAGAAUGGCUGUGGCGCAGGGUAUGACCUUUUCAGUUGUGGAACCCAAGUUGCAGAAAGCUCAGGGAUCUGCAUGUCUUAAAAGACUCUUUAUCAAUAAGUUUAAAGAUCAGCUUGCAAAAAGUGCAAGGGCCUGCAUUGAGAGGCUUUCUCAGUUGCUCCUUCUCAGUGAAACAGAAAUUAGUGCAAGGACUUUGAAGCUGGCUCAGUAGUAGAUGGGCAGCCAGUACAGAGGUUUUAACAAUGGUAUCACAUGCUGCCAGCCAUGUGCCCCCAUCAGCUGUCUGGCCAGUGCAUUCUGCCCCAGCUGGAGCUUCUGAACCAGGGCCAAGGGCAAUGAUCUCAAUUAAAAUCACCUUAACCACAGAGCCUAGGACUUGUCGAUCAGAAGGUUGGCAGUUCGAAUCCCCACGACGGGGUGAGGUCCCGUUGCUCGGUCCCUGCUCCUGCCAACCUAGCAGUUCGAAAGGACCUCAAAGUGCAAGUAGAUAAAUAGGUACCGCUCCAGCGGGAAGGUAAACGGCAUUUCCGUGCGCUGCUCUGGUUCGCCAGAAGUGGCUAAGUCAUGCUGGCCACAUGACCCGGAAGCUGUACACCGGCUCCCUCAGCCAAUAAAGCGAGAUGAGCGCCACAACCCCAGAGUCGGUCACGACUGGACCUAAUGGUCAGGGGUCCCUUUACCUUUACCUUUAUGCCCUGCUGCAGUUAGCUUUAGAAAAAAAGUUCAAUUUGGAUUAAACCUUCCCUUCCCUAUACUCUGCUAUCCCGGUGAAAAUUGCUUCAUCCACUAACCUAGUAUUACAUUUUUUUAAAAGACAUUGUUGCUAUCUAUGCAAUUGAAGUAAUGUCUAGUUUGGCAGCUGCUCAGCUUACCUACAAAGAAAUCAGAAAACAAUUUACUUGGUAGCUUUCAGAACCUUUGGCCUUUCCCUAUACAAGGGAACCUGGGUUAAUCUCUUAUUUCAGUUGUCUUGUACUAUAACAAUUUAACUUCCUACAACUCCCUAAUUGCCCAGAAUUUCUUACAACUGCCUAGAAAUAAAAGGGGUGGGGAUUGGGGAUAUCUAACUUGAAUUUGCUUGCAGACAUUCCUAUUUAUAUUUCCCUGAGACGGUUUUUUAAUGAGUGCCUCUGAAAGUAUCUGAAAGCAAAAUGCGAAAAUAACCGGAAAUUCAAAAAGCCAAAUUUGCAUUCUGAAAUCUUGCAGAAUUUUCAAAUUUGUGAACAGUUUUUGUUUUGGCUCUAGUAUUUGUGCACCUUGUCUUAGGCGUUUGGCUGCGUUACAGAAAUGGGCUGUGGUGGUUCUUCUUGUUUAGCAAUGGAGUUCAUUACUAUUCGGGUGUCAGAGAGGGUGACCAAACAGGAUCUCAUGCCAAAGCAAAGAACAGACCAGUUAAUCAAAUAUAGGGGUGGGGAACCUGUGACUCUCCAGGUGUUGUUGGACUCCAACUCACCUCAGCCCAAAACAGCAUGAUCAAUGAACAGGGAUGAUAGAAGUUGUAAUGCAAUAAAGUCUGGAGUAGGGAUGGAGGAGAAAUUCCAUUCAGUAUGCAUUUAAAGCAGAAUCUAUCAAAUUUGUGCAUUCCAAAACAACAUGUGAACAGAAACAUAGAUAUCUUUCAAAAUUUGCUCUUAUCAGAAUUUUCUGAUGCUGUUCUCCAAAUGAUUUUUGCAAAAAUGCAUAUAUUAAGUAAAAGUGUGCAUAAAAACAAAGAUACCAAUGAAAAUAACAUACAAAAAUACAUUAUAUUAGGGGGAAGUGUUUGUACAUUAGUUUGUGCUGCAUAUAAAAUUAUGUUCAAUAGGAUAAAUUUGUGCUUAAAUGCUGAAUUUUCAUGAAGAUUUUUUAAAAUAUAAAAUGUGGAGAACUGCAUUUCAGACUGGCAAAAUGAGAACCCAAGAGAACCAAAAUUCACAGAACUUUCCGUCUCUAGUCUGGACAGCUAUAUCAGGCAUCCCCAAGCUUCGGCCCUCCAGAUGUUUUGGACUACAAUUCCCAUCAUCCCUGACCACUGGUCCUGUUAGCUAGGGAUCAUGGGAGUUGUAGGCCAAAACAUCUGGAGGGCCAAAGCUUGGGGAUGCCUGAGCUAUAUGUUCCCAUUACCUGAUCAAAUGCAACUGAUUUCACCCUGGCGUCUGUGAAACUAGGUGUAUCGCAAAGUGGUGAAAGACAGCAGCACUACCUUACAUAUGGACACCAUGGAAGCUGGUACUGAAUACUGUGUUAAAGCCCAGACCUAUGUUGAAGCCAUAAACCGGAGCAGCAAUUUCAGCCAGGUGCAGUGUGUGAGGGCCGAAGGUAAGAACAACAAAGAUACUCUCCUUUUCAGACAUGGUUCUCCACUGCUGGGGGGCCAGGGCAGAUAAAACUAAUAAAAACUUGAACGUUUGUGACACCUUUGUUGGGCUUACAGGGUAGGCGAUUUCAAAAGUCUAUAUAAGGGCUCGUGUACCAUUGUUCAAGGUUCUCCUCCCUCCUGCAUGUAGUGAGUGGGGACCCUGUUGCAACAGUUCGUUGAAUAAAGAUCAGACUUACUAGCCGCUUUGCUUCUCAAUAUACUCUGGUUGGCCUCUGUUAUUUUCUCCUACUGAUAGGAAAUCCACUUAAGGACUCUAUAUGGGCUUCAGAAUACCCCAUAAGGGAAAGGGAGCACUGCUUCCCUUUACUUUACUGCUUCACAUUACUCUUCUUCAGAACAGUGCAAAGCCAUGUAAACACAAUGUGCAGCAGUGGCGCUUAUAUCAAUUCCCAGAUACUUUUCAGCUCAGGGCCCCUCAUUGUGGUUUUCUGCCCUCUUAGCAACUACAGACUCUUUUUUGUCUCCAGCAGGCAAAGCCAUAUUGGUCACCUUCGCCCCACUCUUCUUGGUUAUCUCUGUUGUGACUCUUUUAGCCCUUCUUUGGGUUGCCUGGAAAACAUGUCAGAUCUGCCAAUAUUCCUGCUGCCCGAACGAGAGCCUGCCGGACACUUUGGUAAGAUAAGAAAUGGUUUGGAGUACUGUAUUGAGGUUGUGCCUUAACACUUCCAGAAAAGGUAGAUGUGCCCUGCUUUUAAAAGCCAUGGGUUGAAGCUUGGUGCUUAUACUGUGCCUGUUACCUGGGCAGGUUAUUAGAAUGCAUAAGAGCAGCAAUCAGUCUGGCUGCAGACACAUGACUAUACCUUUUAAAAUCACAUUCCCCCCCCCCCCAUGAAUUCUGGGCAUUGUUGUUACAGGUGUCUGAGAAUUGUAAUUCUGUGAGGGAUAAACCACAUUGCCCAGAAUUCUUUGUAGGGAGGAAUGUUCUUUGAAUGGGCACAUAACCUUGAAAUGACAAAAGUCAGAUCAUUGAGGUGCUCAGAUUUGUAAAUGAAGGAAUAUUGCUGUAAGGGUUACAGGUAGCCCAAUGUGUUUAAAGCUAUGUAACUAUAUUUGCCUUUGUGCUUGUUGAACCCAACACUGGAGCAACUUAGUGAGCUAUCAGGUAGAAUCCUACCUGUGCUCUUCUCCCCUCAUAGUGCCACCAAGAAGAGGGCUAGAUACUUAACUUUUAAAAUUAAAAAGCAGGGUGGAAUAUCACUUAAAGCUGGGGUGGGCAACACUGUGGCCCUUGAGAAACUGUCCAGUUUCCACUAUCCCUGACCCUGACCAUUGGCCAUGCUGGCUGGGGCUGAUGGAAGCCCAUAAACAACUGGAGGAAGCCAGGUUCCUCAUUUCUGCCUAAGGGAAUCAGACUUACACAGGCCUUCUUAUGGCUACAGCCCUGAGCACUGCUUUGAACACUGAGCUUUGCAAUACUAAUCCAGUACCUCCAUCCCUCUGCAGUGGUGAAGUAAAUGCUCUUCCAUCUUUUCCCCAUUACUGUAUGUUUUUUUUCCCUCCUCCCCCCCUCUUUUCCAGAAAGUAACAGAAUCACCUGCUAGGCUACUAAAUUACAGGGGAGAGGAGACGGAGAAAUGUGAUGAGUCUGUGCAAGUGCUACCCCCUGAAGAGCUUCUCCGCUUGUGGAUUCAUGAAACUCUUUAAUAUCACACCAAGGACACAAUCUGCAAGAUGAGACUGCAGUGCUGCUCUCCUUUUUGCCUCUCUGAGUAAGGCACACACACACACACACACAGUGCACACACACAGGUAGCUUUCCUCUCCUAACAGCACAAAGACAGAAAAUUGAGGAUUUGCUUUCUUCAAAGGGAAAGGCAUCAUGGGGCCAGCAAGACGGGUUCCCGCUCUGAGGGUUUCACAGAGGGGGCUGGAGCCGACCCAUUCAUCCUUGUCUGACAGAGAACAGCAGCCAAGCUCAUGGAUAGCCACAGAGGCUGUGAUCCUAGCUGCUUGUCAUCAUCUGCUUAGCUGAGAGUUAAAAGACCUUGGGCUGAUUACAAUGUGCUGGGUUUGCUUUUUAACAUAAAGGUGCAGUGCUAGAAGGCGAUGCAAUUCAAAUCCAUGUUGAUUUUGCGGAACAGGAGCAAGGAGCGGCAGGUUCAAAUUCAGUGACGGACUGUAGCUUAGCGGUAGCAGCUAGAGCACAUGUUUUGAGUCAGAAGGUUCUAAGUGCAAUAUCUGGCACCUCUGUUUAAAAGGAGCAGUUAGAAGAUGGUGUGAAAAAUCCUGAAUGCCAGAGGAGACAAUGCUGGAAAAGACUGACCUGGUACAGUGGUACCUCAGGUUACAUAUGCUUCAGGUUACAUACACUUCAGGUUACAGAUUCCGCUAACCCAGAAAUAGUGCUUCAGGUUAAGAACUUUGCUUCAGGAUGAGAACAGAAAUCGUGCUCCGGCGGCAUGGCAGCAGCAGGAGGCCCCAUUAGCUAAAGUGGUGCUUCAGGUUAAGAACAGUUUCAGGUUAAGUACGGACCUCUGGAACGAAUUAAGUGCUUAACCUGAGGUACCACUGUACAAGGAAACUUCCUAUGUUCCUCCUAGUCAAAAAUAAAUAUUUUUCACAUAUAUUUUUCAAUCAUAGCCGUAAGCUACGGUUAACCUUAACUCUGGGAUUUUUGUAAUAAGACCGUUUCUUAAACUACAGUCUCAAGUUAGCUUAUUUCCAGGGCCAUCUUAAGCAUAAGCGGCACCGGGGUGCAAAGAUCCGCCUGCCACCCCACCCCCUGGUUGCCCAGAGUUGCCUCAGGGCCUCCCUGGCUGGCUUGCUUGCUCCCGAACUCGCGGCGCAGAGCCACCCGCAACAGAGGAGCCCUCCGUGGCGCUCCAUCCGACGGGUGGGCUCUUCCCCGGACUCCAACUCUCGGGCCCCAGACUCUUGGCCUGGCGUCCCUGAGAGCCUGGUGCCUCUGGUUAAGAUGGCCCUGCUUAUUUCAGCACUGUUUAACCACAGAUUGUCAGGUUAGGGCAACAUGUGAUCAGAGGCGGAGCUAGCCGCUCCGGCACCCGUGGCGAGCGCCACCCGCAGCAAUGUCACCCCCGCUCAGGAAUGACAGCCGGGCAAGUCGCACCAACCACACACCCCUUCCUCCGCUAGUGCAUGUGAUUUAAUUUUUAGAAAAAUAUAAGCAAAAUCUUCCAAAUUCCUCCUCAUGUCUGCCCUGGAAGAGAGGUGCACAAACCUGAGGUUUGUUGAGGCUCCUUCUUGUUACACUAAACUAUGGCUUAGUAUUAUGUUUGAACUAGCUCAAUGAGAGAUGACCCUCACUAUAUAGGCAUUUCAGAAUUUUACACAGAAUUCAACAACACAUGGGUUGUCUGACUUGCAUUCAGGAACUACUGUGCUUUUCCAGCUUUGUUCUAACUUACUGAAAGUUGUUUACUUCCAGUGCCUAAUCUGAUUGGGUUAAACUUGGCCACAUCUUACUUAAAUGGAUUAAAUCACUUGCUGUGGAACUAGUUUGCUGCUUGAAAAACAUUCAAUUUCUGGGCCAGGUUUUAAAGUAAGACACAUAACAAGUUUUGCAUUAUUUUGGUGGGAUUUUUUUUUUAACUAUGCAAGGCAUUGGAAGGCUUGGAAAAUAUUUUUAAAUACUGAAUUUUUUUUAUGUAGUUACAUGUGAUUACUACUUAAGUUCAGUUCAAAAAGCUACCUUACAAAAGUUAUGGUAUCCUGAGUACUGCAACUCUGUGUAAAAGCCUAUGCAUUCUCAAUGUUAGCCAUAAAAUAUAGAGAUAUCUGGAAAGCAAAACAAUGUUUUGCAUGUAUAUUUUAUAGUCCUCAGAUGUGCUAUGCCAGUAAUAAGGCGUGCAGGAAGAUAUCAUGUAACACAGCAAUGCUGAUGCAUAGGAUUGGGGUGGGGACAGGGAAAAGAACACAGAGCACCUAAUUAUCUUGGCAUGGAAUUUUAAUGCAGUCCCAACUCAGCCGAACAGCAAAAUCUGACAUAACCAGACUGUGAAGUGAUGAUGUUACAAAACUAGAUUAGGAUUGCCACAUUUUCCCCUGGCAAAACCUAUGUCCCUUUUAAGAGCUGAACAAAAAUGUAGAAAUCUAACCAAGUUCUUUACUACUUACCUAUGCAAGGAAAAACUGCAGUGGAUGAAUUUCACAUAACCUUUGUCCAGCAAAAAGACAGAAAUUUUUCAGUUUCAGGGAGAGGUUAAGGGAAACAGUGGUUGUGGCUCCUUACUUUCAACUCCUUGCAGUUGUAGUUUCUGUAGUUAAGAAAAGAGAGGAGUAAAGUAUCCUGAGCAGAACCACUGUGAGCCUUCCUCUCUAGUUUGAUAGCUGGUUUUUGAAGGAAUAUAACUUACUGGCAACUGGGACGUGGGUGGCGCUGUGGUGUAAACCACUGAGCCUUGGGCUUGCCAACCAGAAGGUCAGCGGUUUGAAUCCCUGCGACGGGGUGAGCUCCUGUUGUUCGGUCACAGCUCCUGCCAACUGAGCAGUUCAAAAGCACAUCAAAGUGCAAGUAGAUAAAUAGGUACCACUCCGGCAGGAAGGUAAACGGCGUUUCCGUGCGCUGCACUGGUUUCGCUAGAAGCGGCGUAGUCAUGCUAGCCACAUGACCUGGAGAAAGUGGCUUAGUCAUGUUGACCACAUGACCUGGAAAAACUGCCUGCAGACAAACCGUCCGCUCCCUCGACCGGUAAAGCAAGAUGAGAGCCGCAACCCUAGAGUCAUUCGCGACUGAACUUAACUGUCAGGGGUCCUUUACCUUUACCUUACUGGCAAAAGAAGUACUUAUUAAAUUUUGUAAUGAUUUUUUGGAACCUGGACCUAAUAAAAAACACAAGCACAGCAUAUAUAGAUUAAUUGCUUGUCACUGGCUAAUCGUAACAUGGAACAUCUGUAUGUAAAUCUUACCUGUUUGUGUGACUGUAACAUACAUCUGACCUAUAUCACAAACACAGAAAGCAUAUAAAAUUCAAUGUGGCAUU